AAGUUGAUUAUAUGAAACUUGCUUUUCAAUAACAUUAGAAAAUAAUGUCCAGUCUCAGAUCUUCCAACAUGCGGGAGCGAAGUGGAAAUGAGCAUUGGUGCUGCAUGAUUAUGCAUAUACUCCUUGUAGACAUCGUUGCAAUUGUGCUCGUGCUACAAUCCUUCAUCAUUAUUAUGCCUUCUUUCUCCAUUACAAAGUUCUACCUACCAGCACUCAACAAAACAUACGAUAAUUAUAAUAAUGGGUCUUCUCAGAUUAACCUUUUGAAUCAAACACUUCACUUCACUGCAGAGUUCAAGAACAAGAUGAUGUUUACCAAUGUUAAGUUCGGCGAUCUUCAGUUCAACUUCUUCUAUGGCAGUUCUCCCAUAGGUAACGCCACACUUGCUGGUUUUAUCCUGCCCGGCUGGUACAAGAAACGUAGUAAAGAAGGGAUUGCUUAUACUCAUGGGGAGGUUGUGUCGGCGACUGCUUCCAAUCAUGCAGUUUUCCGGGUGGAUUUAAUCACUAGGGUGAAGUACAACAAUUACUUCUGGUAUGGUAAAGGGCAUGAUUUUGUGAGAAAUACUAGGGUGGAAGUGGACGGCAACAGUAACAAAAUCUGGGUCGGCGGCGCGUUAUAAAUAUGCAGUAGCUACUUGGGCAUAUACCAUUUUACUUUUCAUGCAACUUUUGUUGUGGUUUUAUUAGUCAUCUUUAAUUUAGGUAUGUAUGGGACUUUAAUGAAUUGCCUUCCUAAAUACUUCCUACUACGUACUCCUCGCCCCCAUCUUACAUAUUUCAAUCGUAUGUACGUUGAUACAUACAAUUUCAAAACAUUUGAGUUCAUCUUUACUUCAAAUUUAAUCUAAGCAAUUACUUCAGGCAUCACAUGUAGCUUAAUCUUGUUUGGAUGAAGUGCUGGAUUGAUUGAAUUGUUAAUCACUUGAUUUGAAAUUUUAUCAAUUUCAAAUUUUCAAUUCA